AGAUCGGCUUUCAGCUGCAGCCUCCGGGCCGGCCGGGAAGGCGGGGAGCGGGCGGCGGCGGAGGAGGAGGGGGAGGUGACGGCGGCUGCAGCAUCCAGAGCCGGCCGUGGCGGCCGGCGCGCCCCGCGCACAAAGGCACCCAGCCCCAGGGGAGGGCGAUGAACACACCACAUUCCAGGCCCGGGCCCCAGCUGCUGCUACCUCUGCGUGCGCUCAGGGCGCUGAGGAAGACGCCCGGCGCGCCUGGGGCCGGCAGCCGAGGCGCGGCCCGUGCGCCCUGAGAGCGGGACUCGUCGCUCUCCGGGUUAGGCGCCAAGCUUCCAAGCGGCUAGAGCGCGGGCCUUGGAGCGCCCCCAGGGUCGCUUCAGUAAGGCGCUUCCCCACCCCAGGCCCGACCCCAGGCGCCUGAGCGCCAACUUCGCCAAGAACGCUCCUAACUCCAGGCCAUCCUGCAGCGCAGAGGGGGCGCUGCUGCCGGGCAUCAGCCGUGAGGACGCGCCCCUGGCCGUGCGGAGAGAGCCGGCAUUUGCGGGUCACUAGGGCGCCCCUGAGUGGGCGGCGGCGGCAGCAGACGCCUCUCCCGGGAGUCCAGGACCUGCCAGCGCUGGGGAUUCUUCCCGAACAGGCGCUUGCCCUCUCUUUUAUGGAGCUUGGGCCCCUGCCGCAGCCCGGUAGAGGCUGUGGAGGUCUACCGUCCGCAAGCCUGGUUCCCAGCCCCGUGGCCCAUUCCUGGCUACGGGGAGUGGAGGCUCCCACGAGGUAGCGGUGGCCUGCAGCGGCCACCUCCCCGCAGUGAAGCAUGGGCCAGAAGCUCUCGGGGAGCCUCAAGUCGGUGGAGGUGCGAGAGCCGGCGCUGCGGCCGGCCAAGCGGGAGCUGCGGAGUGCAGAGCCCGGGCGGCCGGCGCGGCUGGACCAGCUGUUGGACAUGCCGUCGGCGGGGCUGGCUGUGCAGCUGCGGCACGCGUGGAACCCCGAGGACCGCUCGCUCAACGUCUUCGUCAAGGACGACGACCGGCUCACCUUCCACCGGCACCCCGUGGCCCAGAGCACCGACGGCAUCCGCGGCAAGGUGGGCCACGCCCGCGGCCUGCACGCCUGGCAGAUCGACUGGCCGGCUCGGCAGCGCGGCACCCAUGCUGUAGUUGGUGUGGCCACGGCCCGUGCUCCCCUGCACUCUGUGGGCUACACGGCGCUGGUAGGCAGUGACGCCGAGUCGUGGGGCUGGGACCUGGGCCGCAGCCGCCUCUACCACGACGGCAAGAACCAGCCCGGCGUGGCCUACCCGGCCUUCCUGGGGCCCGACGAGGCCUUUGCGCUGCCCGACUCGCUGCUCGUGGUACUGGACAUGGAUGAGGGCACACUCAGCUUCAUCGUGGACGGCCAGUACCUGGGCGUGGCCUUCCGAGGUCUCAAGGGCAAGAAGCUGUACCCGGUGGUGAGUGCCGUGUGGGGCCACUGCGAAGUCACCAUGCGCUACAUCAACGGCCUUGACCCCGAGCCCCUGCCACUGAUGGACCUGUGCCGGAGAUCCGUCCGCUCGGCCCUGGGCCGCCAGCGCCUGCAGGACAUCAGCUCCCUGCCCCUGCCUCAGUCUCUCAAAAACUAUCUGCAGUACCAGUGAGCCGAGCCUGAUGGGCAGCACACACACAGACACAGACACACAUCGCAGGGCCCGGCCCGCCUGUCAUUCACAGUCCCAUGGCACAUAGGGGAAAGGAUCUACCCUUCUCCUGGCUCCCCAGGACACUCAGUUCUUUCAAAGACCAGAAUGUAGUACCAGCUUUGGAAACGAAAGGUCUCUUGCCAACAGUAUCUACUGCCCUCGCGGCAGCCCUCCCAAGAGCCCUCCUUCGGAGCCACAGAGAGCCUGGAGUCUGCACCUCCUGGAAAUCCUGCCACCAACCAGAACACAGCAGCCACCAUAUUGAUCAGAGAACCUGUUUCCUUAUUCAAGAGAAUGAAUAAAACAUUUAGGCAGGAGACUUUCUAUUGUGUGCCCCAUUGCAGACAGGGCCAGGGAGAAGUUAGCCAGUGCAGGGAGAAAAUUGCCUCUGAAUAAUGAAUGAUGAAAGCAGCCUGAUGCCGUGCCCCUCCUGGCCCACACCCCUUGCCAGGGCAGCAGGAUUGUCACACCGUUUUAGGACUUUGUGCCACUUUGAGAGACUGUUUCCAGGAGGCCCAACCGCAGACCUGGCAAGUGGACAGUGCAGUGUGGAGACACCUUCCGGCUUACCUCUUUGAACGUUGUUUACCUACCCCUUUCCACGUGCCCCCCUUCCCAGCCACUGACUCACAGUUUUCUGGAUGCCCAGACACCUCUGUUCAGGGAAGAUGAGUCUGACUGGUUUGCCCCAGGGAAGAGUGUAUCCUUACCAUUAUUUUAAGUAGCAUUUGCAUUUUAAAAGAGGAAUGUGGAGAGGACAGUACUUAGUCCAAAGGUGCUAACGGGGGAACUGGGGGCAUUGUGACACCCAAGUCUGAUGUGUCCUGGGUUGGGAGGCCUUCCUGGAGUGUCAGGGUCUCUGGGCAACGUCCAUUCAGGGUGUGGCAUGGCUGUCACAAAGCUUUAUUUGAGCAAAUUAUUUUUUCACUUGAGGAGACUUCUGCGAGUUUGUUUCCUGUUUCAAAUGUGUGUGUGAUGUGCUCUUUAUUUAUCAGCUUGAGGUCUGUGGGGGCAGCCUUGUGACUGGAAGGGUGGAUAUGGGAGACACAUUCUCUACCUGCUCCGAUCCUGGUCCUCUCGCAGGAAUGCUGCUGCUCCCUCCACCACCACUGCUGCCACCACCUCUUAUAUGUUUCAGACACUCUCUGCCCAGACUCAUUUUUAACUGGAAAUCAUCACAGCAGUGGGAUAUCAGAGCCCCAGACAGCACUGCCUCUCCCUGCCCGCCCCACUGUCCCCACCUUAAUGUGAAUUUGACUGAUGAAUGAGGAGCGUUUCUAAUAAAGUUUGUCAUUCAGUCCUUCA